ACGAACACAGCCAUUGAAUGAGAGCGUGUUUACCACAGCCGUUGUCUUCUACCAGGUUGCCUGGUUGUCGCAACUACGAAAGUGGGAAGAAGUAGUAGGUUAAAAGAAGUUGUCACGGGUUGCUGAGCGGUCUAGAGGAGAAUAGUGGAAGAGCAUUCUCGCGAUAACUCAGCAGUGCAGUUGCAGCGGCCGUUGACGGAAACUAGAAGCCUCUUACAACAGCAACUGCAAAAAUUAUAUACACCUGGGAUUGAGUCAAAUAAGUAAUGAAUGAGAAAAUAAAAUCACCCUCUGGGCAGGGUGGUGCCGCUGGCGGAGGAGGGGUAGGCCCACCAACCGGACCCAGUGGUCCAGUUGGAUCUGGCAGUACUGGCAGUAGCGGUAAUGGUGGGCCAGGUGCUGGUGUCCCCGGUGGUCCAACUCCACUUAAUUCAGCCAUAGGCGGUGGUCCACCCAGUGGUGGUCCACCGGCGCCUAAUAACGGUAAUGAUCCACAACAACAUACAAUUCCGCAUUCAUAUGGACCACCUGGCAGUGAUCCAGUUGCUGCAAUAUCACAUUAUCAUAUGCAUCAACAGCAGCAUCCACAACAACACUUGUCUCACCAGCAGAGUGGCCCCGGAGGCCCUGGAGUCCCACAAAACCCCGGUGAGCAUCCACAAAAAGACGAAUACGGUCAAGGUCCUUUGGGUGGACCGCCACCUCCACCUACUGGUGGACACCAUCCCGUUUACGGACGAUAUCAUCAUCCAGAUCCAAAUAUUGAUCCAUACCGCUAUGGGCAUUCGCCUAUGCAACAGCCACCUCCUGGAGGCAAACCGCAACAACAACCGGGACCGCCGUCUGGACCGGGUGGCGGUAUAGCCUCUCCCAGUCGACCACCACAGCAAAGAUAUAUUCCCGGGCAGCCACCGCAAGGUCCUACCCCCACAUUAAAUUCUUUAUUACAAUCGUCACAUCCACCGCCGCCACCACAACAUCGUUAUGCAAAUAGUUAUGAUCCRCAACAACAGCAGCAACAAGUGGCGCAACAGCAACAACAAGGCGGACCACAUGGACCGCCGCCUCCACCACAUCAACCAUAUGGAGCGCAACAAGGAUGGGCGCCACCACCACGUCCAUAUAGCCCACAAUUAGGACCGUCGCAGGCCUAUCGAACGCCACCACCGACAAAUACUUCCAGAGGUCAAUCACCUUAUCCGCCAACACAUGGUCAAAAUUCAGGUUCCUAUCCAAGUUCACCCCAACAACAGCCGGGCGGUCCMCCACCGCCACCUCCGCAAUCAUCAAAUCAAGGAACGGCUGCUGCACAAUACUCACCGUAUCCACAGCGGUAUCCUACACCGCCUGGACCGGCGACAGGUCCUAAUCAUCGAACUGCCUACUCACAGCAUCAGUAUCCUGAACCGAAUCGACCUUGGCCCGGUGGUACAUCRCCGGCACCUAGUCCUGGGCCUGGUGGCCAUCCUCAUCCCCCAGCAUCACCGCAUCAAUCACAGCAUGGCGGCCCACCGCCCAGCAGUAGUCCCGGGCAUGCACCGAGUCCUUCGCCGCAGCCAUCACAGGCGUCACCAUCACCACAUCAGGUAAUUAAUUAUUUGCACCGUCAUUAUCCCUAUUCCUUUAUAUCCAUACAUAUAUCUCCGGUAACAUAA